AUGCAUCUUCUCAACAUACUGAACGACACAUUUGACAGCAUCCGAUCCUCAACGGAACCAUCAUCGAUAAUUCUCUGUCUUAUUCCACGAGGCUUGAUCUGUGCUACUGAUGGAAGAGAAUCCACAUGGGUCAAGGGCGUCACAAGUAGCACUACGGUCCUUCUCAUUGGCCACAUUCGUACAUUUUUCAAGGAAAAACUUCACAUUCAAGCCAAAUUCCGAUCUCAUUUUGGAUAG